AUGCCACGACUGUCAGAUCAAGAUGACGGCGUCGAGAAACUAACCCCUGACAUUCUUUCCCUUCCGGCAGACGUCUUUCUCCUAGUCACCGACGCUAUUCUUGAGGCCGAGACCCUUGAUAUGAACCAGGGUGUGGGGAAAGGCCUUACUAUAUAUGACCACAUAAAAUUCUUCGGCAAAGGUGAAUUUUGGUGGCAGUCAUGGGAUCAGGUGGAGUUGAAUCGGGGCGCGUUCGACAGAUGGAAAGAUCUAGCACGCUUCGGAGCGACUUGCAAGACGCUCUAUUUGAUGGUGACCCCCAUAUUGUAUCGAUCUGAUGCAAAGUACAACUACUCCUCUGCGUUGAUGAUAUCUGCAAGGAAGGGCGUACUUAGUGGAGUUCUUAGGUCUCUGGAGUACGGAAAGGCCGACCCGAACAUGGAUGAUCACACUCUCUUCUUCCACUGGGCUCGGGUACACGGAGUAUCCCAGAAGCUCCCGCCACUGAAGAUUUCGAGGGAAUGCGUCUUACCCUCCCUUACCCCCUUGCAUCUUGCAUGCUUCUAUGAUCAUCCCGAAAUCGUCGAAGCACUUCUGAAUCACCAAGCCGAUAUUAAUAAAAGGGCCCACGCAUGGUGUACUAGAGAGAUUGAAGGACCUUACCGUCCAUAUGCCCAGGAUGUUAUGUUUGGGGUCACAAAAUGGGAAUUUGUCGCCGACAAGCAGACACAUAGUCCAAUGCCUCUAUUCGGAGCGAAUGCGCUCUUUUUCGCGUUCAAGGCAACUCAGUACAACUGUGACUGUUCCGGAUGCACGAAAUGGGCCUUCAUGGAAGGUCUUAAAGGAAUCAAGAAAGAUGCUAUUGCGCAUGAUGCAAAGGCUGUUAUGAAAGGUUCCCAUACAUGGGAUAUCGACACGUGCGACGAGGAGAAACCGGCAUGUUCACGGUGCCGACGCCUCAAGUACGUCUGCCCCGGCUACCCAGACCAGUGGACCCUAGUCCUUCGCCAACAGGACACACACGCCAAGGAGCAUGUGCGAAAGAGAGUCGAGAAGGCUCAGAGGCGUCGAGCUGAGGCUGGUGGAGGUCAGCUGCAAGGGAGAAACAUCACUUCACCGCCGCCGGCCUGGACGCCAUUUGUCGGCCCUGAGACGCCGAGUGUCUACAAAUUCUUCACUGACUACACCUCGAGGUCUGGCAUUGCUUACCUCACAUCUUUGAAAGACUGCUAUGCCUUGCAGCCUGCUUCGUGUCUUUCCAAUGCCAUUCACGCCGCAGCGCUGGCCAGCGUGGCCCGCCAGCGCUCCGAAGUCGGGCUAAUGGAUCGCGCGCGACUGACAUAUGGAAAGGCGAUACGCGAGGUGAACAGGGCAAUCCAGGAUGAGGGUCUGCUGGCAGACCUCUUCACGACAUCUUACAUGAUCCCUCCCCUCUGGUUUGAACUUGAAGCGUUCAUCAACUCUCUUGGCCGGGGUUCUUUGCUGGAUCCCUUGGUUCGACGAGCCGUGGAUAUUAAGAUCCGUUUCAUGUCCGCAACAUUAGGGCAAGCCUCUGAUUCUCUCACAGACAUCGCCAGAUCAGGCGUUUUGGUGGCUCAAGACCUCCAAGAUGCUGCCAACAGCGUAAACUUCGACCCCAAGUUCGACGGUCCGCCGCCCGCCGUGUUCAAUGCACUUAUUAGCAUCUCGAGCGCCACCCACGCCGCUGUCGCAAGAUGCCUCUAUCUGACAGUCCGACUACACAUCUCUGAAAUAAUCUCAAAAGCAACCAGUGACUCAUUGGACGACAUGAGCAUGCAUCUCGACCAGCAGCUGUUAAGCAUGCCAGCUGCUGCACCUUCUCUAGUGAAUGAACUAGGCAAGGCGCUCGGCUGUGAUGGGGGGCCGACCCAGGACGGCCCAGGCGUGGGCAUGCUAGUCUUUUCACUCCUCUGGCCGAUGACGGCCAUGCUUCAGUCUAAUCUGGUUGACGAGUACAGUAAAGGCUGGGUCGCGUGGAGGCUUCGGGAGCUCAGCGCUGCCUGUGGAUUUGGCCUCGCGGAAACUAUCGUCUCACAGAUGGUGCCUGGUGGCGCUCAAAUUGAACCAGCUACAUGA